AUGCAGCACGUGACAGAGAUAAGAUCAAAUCAUGGUUUAGGUGUCUCUCUGUCAAGCUCUCCAGAUGAAGAAAUGGAAGCCCAGGAUGGUCUAGAGGAGGUGGGGAAGGAGGAGGGACUUAGCCUAAGGACACAAAGUGGAAAAGGAGGCUAUACCAGAAUUCAGUCCCUCUCCUCUGAUCCUGCAUUCUCCAUGUGUGUUCUGGGGGAACAGCAGCACUGUGAGGAGGCCAAGGCUCUGGAUAUCCCCCACAUGGACACUGAGGCACUGGAGAAAAUCAACAAAAAUAAGGAGCUGGUCAAGAAACUGGCCAAAAACUAUGAUGCCUUUUUAGUGUCUGAGUCUCUGAUCAAGAAGAUCCCACAAAUCCUGGGCCCAGGCCUAAAUAAGGCUGGCAAGUUCCCUUUCUUGUUGACUCACAAUGAGAACAUGGUGGCCAAAGUUGAUGAAGUAAAGUCCACUAUCAAGUUCCAAAUGAAGAAGUUGCUAUGUCUGGCAGUGGCUGUUGGGCACUUGAAGAUGACAGAUGAGGAGCGUGUAUACAAUAGCCACUUAGCUAUCAACUUCUCAUUGUCAUUACUCAAGAAGAAAUGGCAAAGUGUCCAGGCUGUAUGCAUCAAGAGCACCAUCGGCAAGCCCCAGUACCUGUACUAA